GAACCAGACUUCUUAGUCCAACGUUCUAUUGAGGUCACAGCGAUGCUGACAUUCCCUCGCGAUCCAAAGACAUCAUCAUGCUGAAGACGGAGGCCUCUGGGGAGAGGACUAGCCUCCGGAGUGCCUCCCCCCACCGUAAUGCCUACCGGGCUGAAUUUCAGGCGCUCAAGAGGGCUUUCGACCAGCCUCGGACUGAUGGAGACUCAAAGUCCAAAGACCUCGAGCGGGGGAAACAGCCGAGGGGACGCCAGUAUGGAGCCCACGUCAGUCGCAUUAAGGACAUGUUCAUGCAGAUGGGCUCAGAAAAUGUGUCAGCUAAGUCUAGGGGUCACGACGAGUCCUCUCCUCAGAAGCUGGUGAAGCCCACCAACUUCAUCAACAAGGCCGAUGGAUCAGUCAUAAAGCUCCAACAUUCUCCAUCAGCUGAGAGGAUUGGAGGCGCCGGGGCAAAGUUCUCAGAGACCAGGAAACUAUUUGAGCAGCAGUCACGUGACCAGUCUCAGUCACCCGUCUUUCCCUAUGGACGUGACAAACGGGGUUCUCAUGAGCACCUCGACGACUGGCGAGGGGCGAAGUCCAACAGAGGCAGCACAGACUCUUUGGACUCCUUGUGCUCCAGAACAGAGGCAUCUUCACCAACUGUCAGUCAGCUCAGUGCUGUUUUUGAAAAUGCUGAUCACCACAACCAGGGCGCUUUCUAUAAAGGAGUGAGCAGACGAGCCCUCUACUCUCCUGAUGGAUCCUACCGUCAGGGAGGGGAUCUCAGCGAGGAUGAUUCACGACAAUCGCCAGUUCAAGGAACCUACCGGAACAAGACUGGAGGCAAGUUUCCUGUAUCAUCAUCUACUGAGGAUCUCUUGAGCCCUAGUCAUGGUCCAGAGAUUUCAGAACCUCAAAAAGAAGCUCCACAAGAUAAAAAGUUCCAGAACCAAGAUGAUGAGGCUCACAGGCAGCAUUUGUCUGGGGUCACCACCAAUGACAGCCAGGUUAAUGGCUCCUGCGAAGAAGAAGAUGAGAAACUCUCAGACCAUCUAAAAUAUACUGAGCAUGUCGUUACCAAAGCCUCAAAGCAUGGUGUUGUGAUUACCAACAAAGUUAUUGAAGAUGCUAAUCACGAGCCACUCACCACAACAACCCCACAAACGGGGGAAAGCAAUGACCACACAAAUGCUUCAAAGUUCAAUGAAUCUCUCAAGGACCAGAUCGAAGAACCUGAGGACGAGUACACUGGAAAAGAACGAGUCGUUUUUAACGCAGACGGAGACGCCUGUUACCAGGGUUGGGGAGAGAGCUGCACUGAUCCUGAAGAUGACCUCUACGGUGAUGACGAGGAUAUUGUCUAUGACCCGGGCUCAGAGCUGACGGAGAUCCCCGGUCUACCAGAGGAAAACAAGGAUGACAUCCCCCCUAAGAGGAAGAUUGGCUUUAGCACUGCUCCCAUUACUGUUUUCAACACCUACUCCAAUGAGGACUACGACCGGCGUAAUGAGGAAGUGGAUCCUGUGGCCUCCUCGGCUGAGUACGAGCUGGAGAAGAGGGUGGAGAAACUGGAGCUCUUCCCUGUGGAAUUGGAGAAAGAUGAAGAUGGCCUGGGGAUCAGUAUCAUCGGAAUGGGCGUUGGUGCCGACGCAGGCUUGGAGAAACUGGGCAUCUUUGUCAAGACAGUCAUCGAGGGAGGAGCUUCUGAGAGAGACAACAGGAUCAAGGUGAAUGACCAGAUCGUGGAGGUGGACGGGACCAGCCUGGUGGGGGUCACUCAGAGCUUUGCUGCCUCCGUUCUCAGGAACACAUCGGGAGUGGUUCGGUUUUUGAUUGGCCGAGAGCGUCCGGGUCAGCAGAGUGAAGUGGCCGCGCUCAUCCAGCAGACUCUGGAGCAGGAGAGGAGGCAGAGAGAGCUACUGGAGCAGCAAUACGCCCACUAUGAUGCUGAUGAUGAUGAGCAGACAGGAGAGUACGCCACAGAUGACGAAGAGACUGGAACGACGACCGGUGGCGAGAAGAGCAUCGAGGUGUUUGACCUCCCAGAGACCGAAGACAUCUUGUCUCCAUCAGAGCUGGACGCCACUAAACUCUACCAGAAGUUCAGAGAGCUCCAGAUAAAACACACAGUGACCGAGGCCGAGAUCCAGAAGCUGAAAAACAAGUUGGCAUCAGUGGAAAAGGAGAAGCAGCGCUGGGAGAAGGAGAAGAGCCAGCUGAAGGCCAGCAUCGAGGAGAACAAGGAGAGAAUGCUGAAGCUGGAGAGCUACUGGAUCGAAGCGCAAACUCUCUGCCACACCGUCAACGAACACCUGAAGGAGGCCCAGGCCCAGUACCAGACUCUGGAGAAGAAGUACAACAAGGCCAAGAAACUCAUCAAAGACUUCCAGCAGAAAGAGGUGGAGUUCAUCCAGAAGGAGGAUGCAGAGAGGAGGCGGCUGGAGGAGGCUGAGAAAGUUCACCUGGCUGAAAUCCAGGGACUGCAAGUCAGGAUUGCAGCAUUAGAAUCUGAGUUAAUGCAGCUGAUGAAGCAGAAUGGCAUCCAGGUCAACAACAACAACAGCAACAGCUCUGAGAGGCUUGGCGCUCCGCAGCACAGCCCCAGCAGAGCUGCAACAGAACCUGAAGAUGCUGGAAGAGGAUCUCCUCACUCAUCCAGCAAAAAGAAAAACUACUCAGAAGUACCUCGAGACGCCACCAGUUCUGCAGAGGGAGAGGUCUCCAUAUGUCUUGAUCCAGGAGCGAGCUGCCUUAAAGCUCCUGGCAGUGCAGACGGCUCCCCCAGAAAAGCUCUGCUUGGCUCUCCUGCAAAGUCAAGCCCCUCUCGAGGUUUAGAGACAAACAGACAAGCACUGGGCACUGGCUCGUCACUCAGGAAAACUAAAGUGAAUGACAAAGAUCCCAGAGUGUCACCUGGAAACAGUUCCACGGAGCUGUCAGCUGAUGACAGUCCAGAGAAACUCAAAGUCAAGCCGCCGACUCCGAGCGCCGAUCUGAGCGCCAGCAGCAGCAGCAGCAGCUCGGUGGAGAUCAGCGGUCUGGUCAGCGUCGCAAAGAUGUCGGGACGCUCACACACCCCGGUGCUGUCCUCCAAUGAGAGCCUGGAUAUGAUCGACGACGAGGUCUUAGACGAGGCGCCCCCUGGAAAGCAGCAUCAUUGGCAGAACCGCAGCGUUACCGAGUGGACUUCACAGCAGGUGGCGCUCUGGCUCACUGGCCUUAAUUUAGAACACCAUAUCCCAGAAUUCACUGCCAAAAACAUUGAUGGAGAGCAGCUGCUCCUGCUGGAUAGCUCUGAGCUAAAGGCUCUUGGAGUCACUUCGUCCCAGGACCGAGCGGUGAUGAAGAAAAAGAUCAAAGACCUUAAGUUUCUGAUGGAGAAGGCCAAGCGGAACCAGCAGAAAGUGGAGCGGCAGCGUGACAAGCUACGGAAGACAGAGCUGGAGCAGAACGAACACACAACGGUGUGAAAGGAGCCGUCAGAUUACCUCCUGUUUCCCUGCAGCACCUCGCUACGUGGCAUCUUGAGGAACAGAAAGCAAGGAGGUCCCGGAUAAAAACCAUGAGGGACGCCUACUCUGCAGCUCUCAGUGGUGGAGCUCCACUUCUAACUGUCCGAGGUCUCCAACCUCGCAAAUCGAAACCAAAACAAGUGGUUGGACGAUAAAAUGCUGCCCUUCGUUUUCCUGAUUUAUCCCCAUCCUGUAAUUUUCCCCUUAAAGAAUUUACUAUUUAUUUUUUUCUGUUUAUAGCUGUAAAUCAGGUUUGUUUAUUUAUUCACAUC